UUCUCCCUCCAUCUCCUCACGCCCGGCAAUAAAAAAAAAAAAACAAAAACAGGUGAAGGCAGUCCAUCCUGCCCGUUUCGUGUGUCUGAGGAUCUCCUGAUCUCCUUCCUCCCUUGUCCUCCUCCUCCUCCCCCCUCCCACAUCGUCAUCCACCCCCCUCUCCAGCUCCCCUCCUCCUCGCCCCCUCCCCUCCCUCCCCUCCUCCUACUCCUCCGAUGAUGAUGAUCCGAGCAUCUGAAGGAUAGAUAGCAAGCAAAGGACGCUGCUCACCUCCCCGGAGCUGCUGCUGCUGCUGCUACGGCGGAGGAGGACUGCAACUGCUACUGCUACUGCUACGAGGCUGACUCCGCGGCCGCAGCUGCUGACAAGCCCACAAGAGUGCAGAAUUCACAGCACCACGACGACGACGACGACGACGACCAGGAACAGGAGGAGAGGAGAUUAAAAAGCGAAGAUGGAGGGCGGCGAGGCGACGCUGUCGGGGUUCGUCGGCGGCGGGGGCGGUGCGGGGGGAAGCCCCGGCGUGGACACCAAGGUGCUGCACGCGUUCCAGACGAGCUUCGUGCAGGUGCAGACGCUGCUGGACCAGAACCGGCUGCUCAUCAACGAGAUCAACCAGAACCACGAGUCCAAGGUGCCCGGCGACCUCUCCCGCAACGUGGGCCUCAUCAGGGAGCUCAACAACAACAUCCGCCGCGUCGUCGACCUCUACGCCGACCUCUCCUCGCUCUUCGCCGCCUCCGACGCCGGCCGCGCCGCGUCCGAGGGCGGCUCCGUCGGCACCGUCCGCCAGGCGCCCGGCGCCGGGCACAAGCGGAUCAGGUCCGGCCUCGACUGACUUGACUAGUCAAAUUCCAAACUCCUUCUUAGCUAGUACAGUAGCUAGCCACCACCAGGGAACCUCCCUUUUCUUUAACUUGAGCUCUUCUUGUAUCUAUCGACGUACGCCACUCCUGCCUAUCUAUAAUAUCUAUCUAGUAUCUAUUUAUCUCCAUUACGACGACCACUGCUACUGUUACUUACUGUGUGAUACUUAUGAGCAAGAGCAAAUCCUCUCCUACAAUUAAUCACCAUCUUCUUGUUGCUACUAUAUGAGAUACUUACUAGUACUUAUUUUGAGAGGUAUGUAAUUUGGAUGCAAUGCAAUUCAUGGUGAUGCACGCAACAUACAGAGUGAACUUGUCUGAAUUUC